UAAUAAUGUAUAAUAUUCCUAAUGCCAAGUGUGUUAUGUGUCAUUAAGCAAAAAAAGCUCUGAAAAAGUCUUGGUUUAAAAAAGAGCAAGCUUGAGUGUGGUCAAACUUCAGUUUUGUGAUGAUUCAACAUGCGAAGUGGAUUUAUUAAAGCCUGAAAUCAAACUGUGCUUCCAGAAUGUGAAAGAGGGGUCUGGCGCAGUGUUCUGCUUAAAAUCACUAACUGACUAAAAAAUGUCUUCGGCCGCAACCAAGUAGUAGGCAUUAGAUUCGGGUCAUCAGUUUUCAUUGGAAUGGUGGCGAUGUCAGUUAGUAUUUGUCAAAACCCUAAAUAUCUUGUAGUAAAGUAUUGCAACAGACUGUAAAUGUUCUCCUUAGACUCUCUUGGAGAAGUGGACACGGGGAACUGGAUAAUUGCCUGAGAAGAUACCUGAUGGAACUGCUUCCAUGCAGAGAUGCUCUUGAGCUUGGAACUUAUCCCAAAUUAGAUGUAUUGAGAUCGCUGAGCUGUAUUUUGCAAUUCGAAUAUUCUAGCACUUUCCACAGCAACCUCCUAGGCUCCCCUGUAGUGGGGUCCUUUGAAUGUUCACACAUAUGUGGGGGGUUUUGUUCUCUGGGGUAUGAAGCCAUAGUAAAAUUAGGUAGAAAAGAGACCACAUGGGGCAUAUUUGAGAGCUGUGCUUUGAUGGUAAAUUCACACUUUGAAAAAAUCCCAAAGUGAGUAACUUUUGAGGCUUCUGAUCCCAGAUGGUGCUAAAGACCGCAGCUUAGUGUUACUCAGUGGCUUUCCAAGUCUGUCUGUAUUAUGUAAAAGACAUUAACCAUUCAUUAAAUGUCAGGAAAUUUGGUGUUGGAAAAAGUCAUGGAGACAUUAGAAGGUAUGUACUUCACCUAUGGCUAAAACAUUUUGUCCCAGUUGAAUUCCUUUGCCCAGGGAAGAAUAUUACUCUUCUGUUAUCUGAAUUCUUUUUUUCCUUGGUCUUAAAAAUAGGCCCCAGGCAAUGUCCUUUAUUCCCUAGGCUUAUCUGUUAUUCCAGAAACCUGAGGAAAUCAUCCCUGUUUGUAACACUAAGGGAUCUGCAGGCUGUAGUUCACACUUCCUGUUAAGACAUUGUUGUUCAAGUGCUUAAGCUUAGAAAUGGCUGAUGAUAAGACUCAACAAAACAAUAUGGCAAAUGGCUAUCCCAUUUUGGUUUGAUAUUCUGCCCCUCUUUGCCAGGCUGUAAGAUGACAGAUCUCCUUGUGUUGAGUUUAGGCUCCUUGAGGACCGAGGCCAGAUAUCCAUCAUCCUUGUGUCUUCCCAGAUCUAGCCUGACCCAUCUGAGAUGGCACCCUAAGUGCGGCCAUGUCUAGGAACUCUCUGGUCCCAGUCACUGUGUCUCUCAGCAGCCAGCCUGUAACGGGAAACUCUCCUGCUCCCUGACCUUUGGCAUCAUAUCACAUACCACACUGUCUUGUCUGUCCCUCCAACUAGACUCUGGGGAUCAGAUCUUUCAUUUUUGCAUCUCCAGUGCCAAACGCAGUAGGUACUCUAUAUGUGUUGAGACAAAUGAGUGAAUGGAAGGCUCGUGGUAAAGAAUCGCUGAGUUGAAUUGAAUAGAGCGGGCACACCCUCUAGCUAUCGCUGGGGUAGGAUUUAGUGCAGGUGAUGUAAUGUAACUUGACAAGGUAGUUAAAUAUUGACAGGCAGGAGGAAGCAUACUGGGAAUGUUCAGAAAGAGGAAAGGAAGGUUUGACUGGGGCUGUCAGAUCAGAGAGCAAAGGCGGUGAGGAGCCAAAGCAACCGGCUGCUGUAUCCUGAUGACCCAGGAAGGUCGCUUGCUGGUGCACUUGGCUUCUGCUUCAGCAGAGGAAUACAUGGACUCCAAUAAAUACAUUGAGCAUCUUCUAACUCAGCUCGAGGAACAACACAGAAAUCUAUGGAGGGAGAAAUUGGCUGUGGCCCGGCUGCAGCGAGAAGUUGCCCAGAGAGGAAGUGAGGGGGCCAUGCAUGAGAAGCUGAUGCAUGAAUUGGAAGAGGAAAGACACUUACGUCUUCAGAGUGAGAAGCGGUUGCAGGAGGUGACACUGGAGUCUGAGCGCAACAGAAUUCAGAUGCGUGGCCUCCAGCAACAGUUCUCCAGAUCAAGCACCCCCAGUUCUGGAAUAUUUUGGGGAGCAGAAAUGAUGGAAGAAACAGUACGAAAUCUACUGAAGAGCCAAGGGCCUCCAGAGCAGAAAAAAGAAGAAACUGUUAAUAUAAUGGUCUAUCAGGAAAAACUGUCAGAGGAAGAGAGAAAACACAAGGAAACUUUGGACGGUCUUCACAUGGUGGUGGAUGAGGAUUCGAGGAGCGAAAGCAGCAGUGCAGAUGAGGGGAAAGAAAACACCAAAUUCCUGUUGGAAAGAUUGAAAGCUCUAGAGGCAGAGAAUUCAGCAUUGGCUUUGGAAAAUGAAAAUCAAAGGGAACAGUAUGAGCGAUGUCUUGACGAGGUAGCCAACCAAGUUGUUCAAGCUCUGCUCACUCAAAAGGAUCUAAGGGAGGAAUGUGUAAAGUUGAAAACAAGAGUGUUUGAUUUGGAACAACAGAAUCGAAUGUUAAGCAUCCUGUUCCAACAGCGAAUCAGACCAACUUCUGAUCUGCUCCUCCAGAAACUUCACUCACGUAUCUUAGAUCUUUCAUCCGGAGAUUUGCUUUCAGACAUGGAAAGAAGCCGAAGUCUGACGCAGUCACGGACUGAUGUUGAGAUGCAUGAAUGUCAGCUGAGUGCAAAAUCAGGAGUCCCUGCUUUGAAAUGCCCUGGUUUGGGGGUUGUCAUCCCUGGUCGUCUCUGUCCUCGAAACAGCUGCAGCAGCAGUGAGCUGUCUCUUUCGAGCACGUGCAGCGAGUACUCCAGUGGCUCCUCCUACACGUGGCAUGACGGGAAGAACCUCAGGAAAAGGAAAUCAUCACAAAACUGGGAUAAAAGGCUAAGUAUUGACUCUUCACUCCCGAGUGGCUUUGCUAGUCCUACAGAUGAACUACCUCCCGCUCGUAUCAAGGAAAGUCACAUUUUGGAAGGACUGAGAAAGCUACAGAAGCGAAAAAUGCUACUUGAACCCCCAUCGGUGAUAACCAAAUGGGGUUAUAAAGAUUGCAUGAACUCCAAUGAAGGGAUAUAUUCUCCAGGAAUUAAGAGCAGCAGCCUCAAGGACUAUCCCCCCUGCAAACCAGCUGACAGGAGGAGCCCCUGCAAGGAGCCCCAUGAGACAUUUGUUUAUGACACAGACUCCCACGACGACGCGGAGGAGGACUCUUCCUCCUUACCCUUGCUCCAGGCAGUUCCAAGCCAGGGCUGCAGGCUGCACAGUCAUCAAUUAACCCACAGUGUUUCUGACAGCCUAUUUGGCUGGGAGCCGAAUAGAAAACACUUUUCAGAAGGCACAUCCUCAGUUUACCCAAGGGAAAGGCCUGAAAAGCUGGCCAGUUGUGCCAGCAACUGCCCCUUGGAGAGGAAGCUGUGCCCGCAUGCACAGAUGCCUCAGGUACGGAGAGAGAGAGAGCCGUGCGACCCUGGUUCUGGCCAUGUGGCUCUCAGUCUCCAGCUUUCAGACACCGAUGACAAUGAAGCCCUCGACGAGUUGCACAUAGGUAGCAGUGACGAGAAAAGCCCUUCAGACUUGUCACUGACUGCCGACACUGACAAGUCCAUGGAGAAUCUGGACAUCCUUGUGGGAUUUGGAAAAUCUCAACUUGGGUCUCCUGAAGAGGAGGAAAAACAAGUACCCAUCCCCUUAGAGAGUCGGCCAAAGACAUUUAGCUUCAUUAAGCAGCAGAGGGUUGUAAAAAGGACUUCUUCAGAAGAAUGCAUUACUGUCAUCUUUGAUGCCGAAGACGGCGAGCCCAUUGAAUUCAGCUCUCACCAGACAGGCAUUGUCACCGUUACCAGAAAUGAGAUUUCCAUCAACCAAGCCCCUACUGGACCCAAGGCAGAACACACUGAACUUUCACCUCAGGGAAUUGCUCAUUUACAGCCGGGAGCUGCUGCAAGAGACUACACUUUCCUAAAGAGACCUGAAGAGGAAACCAAGAAAAACAUUCCAAAAGGUGACAUAGAUAACAUGGUGGUGGCCCGCAAUGGUUCCUUCAGCCCCAGGACAGUAACACAAAGUCCUCAGCGACAAAGACCAGGCAAACCAACAUUGAAUUUGUCAUGCCAGAGUAGUUCUAGGUCUUCGGUGUCCAUGGGUAUCUAUCAAAAGCAGAGUCUGACAAAAGGCCCUGCCAGAGGCAAGGCUUCACCUCAGAAGUCAAAAAUAAUGGAGCCUGAAGCCUCAGCAAGAGUCCCCUCCUCUGGCCCCAUGUCUCUUGAAAAAUCUCCAGCCUUAGCUCCUGGGAAACUCUCCCGAUUUAAGAAGACUGAGGGCCCAGCACCCCUUUUUGAUUUACAUAUGGAUUCACACAUUCCAAAACACCCCAGCCAACUGCUUCAUGGCUCCAAAAUGUCCAGCAGAAAAGACUGGGUCCCAUGCUCCAAGAGUCAGAUUCCAGCGUCACAGUUGCUGCCAAGGUCCCUCACUGAGCCUAGUGAUGAUGGAGAAUCCCUGACGAGGGACAAACACUGUGACUCUGGGCCAGAGGCAGGGGUGAAGUCACCUUCCCCCCCACCCCCUCCAGACAGGUCAGGCUCCCUUCUCGUCAGGCCCAAUUACGGCUACAUGCCACCACCCUCAUCAGCCAAGCCUGAAACCAGGGUCCCCAGUGAAGCAGCAAGGACUAUGUACAAAUCCCCCCCUCUGAAAGGACCCUCUGCUCCUAUUAUUUCUUCUAAUCAGAUCCUGGCAGAAGUGCCGGGGAAGAAACCUCCUGUGGCCUUCAGAAAGCCUGUCUUCACUCACCCUCCACCCUCCACAGAAACAGUGAUUCAAACCAGGUGUUCCGCACAUACCCCCUCCAGCUCCUUUGCUGUGAUGGCCCCAGGGCCCCCAAAGGUCUCCCCAAAGAGAGGAGUCCCCAAAACUCCACCUCACCAAAUGCUUGGGACCACACAAAUGGACCCUGGGUUACGGACUCCCAAGAAUUGCCCUUUAGCCCAUGAGCCACUGGAAAUCCUGUCCUCCAAAAGUGUGUCUCCAGGAAGAAAAGGACAGCUGAAUGACUGUAUCCCCACAUCAGCUAAGCCUUCUUUCUUAGGGGUGAAUGAGGCACCAUCAUCUCAGGUUAGCAGUCACUCAUCAUCACCGUCUUCCAAAAGCCAUAACACCCCAUAUGGUUGUCCAAACGCUCAUGAGAAAGGCCUGAAAACUCGCCUCCCAGUUGGGCUCAAGGUUCUCAUGAAGUCUCCCCAGUUACUCAGGAAAAGUUCCACGGUGCCAGGGAAACAUGAAAAAGACAGUCUGAAUGAAGCCUCUAAAAGUUCUGUGGAUGGGAGCAAGUCUAAGCCUGAGGACGUGGGGAAUCCAGUGAGCCUGGAGACCGUAAGGGAUGAAAGAAAUGUGACUCCACUGGGUUUUCAGGCACAAGACAGGCGGCCUGAAGGGAUCCCCCUGGAUACAGCAAUGCCAGAGUCAUUAGAAAACAGCGUCCCUGGGGCUGAUGGAAAAGAUGGGGUAGGAAACAAGUCUGUGAAAAGAUCCCUCUCCUCCAGUAAGCCACACCUAAAACCAGCCCUAGGCAUGAAUGGGGCCAAAGCCCGCAGUCAGAGUUUCAGCACUUACUCAGGAGACAAGCCCCCUACACCGCCCAUGGAAGGGUCCGGCAAAGUUCGAACUCAGAUUAUCACCAACACUGCUGAGAGAGGCAAUUCCCUCACCCGGCAGAGUUCUUCCACGGAAGGCUUGCCUAAGACCCCUUCUGCCCCCAUGUCUGAUGGUCUUUCCGGUGCUGGGAGGCCUCUGGGGCAUCCCUCCUCCAGGCAAGGCUCCCCCAGGAGUACAGGCAGCUCCAGCAGCCAGCAUGGGAGCCCAAGCAAGUUGCCUUUGAGAGUCCCUCCCAAAUCCGAAGAGCUCCCCACCCCAUGUGGAAUGGAAGACGAGGAGGGUUACCCCGAGGGAGGGGGCCCCAGUGAGGCUGUCCCUGAGGAAACAAGCAGCGACCACUACAGAUAUCCACCCACCCCAACAGACUGCCCACAAGCCCUGCAGAAUCUUAGGAGGACAGAGCAUCCGACCAAUUUUGAACCGAGCAGGACAUCCAAGCUAGAGACUUCUGGAAGGUGUCCAGAUACUUCUACAACCCUGACUGGCGCUGUGAGCCCCGAAGCCCCCCUCUCACCUACAAUUGAAGAAAAGGUCAUGUUGUGCAUUCAGGAAAAUGUGGAAAAGGGCCAAGUGCAAACAAAGUCCCCCUCUGUGGAAGCAAAGCCAAAGCCCGGGCCCUCUUUUGCCAGCUGGUUUGGUUUUCGGAGUAGACUUCCAGCUCUCAGUAGCAGGAAAAUGGAUGUCUCCAAAACGAAAGUGGAAAAAAAAGAUGCAAAAGGUUUGGGGUUUGGAAACAAACAACUAAAAUCGGAGAAGAAAAAAGAGAAAAAGAAGCCUGAGCUGCAGCGUAAAAUAGAAAAUGAACUUACCAGGAACACCAAGGUGGCGGAGAGUCCAGACAGUAGUUUACGAAGCAAAAAUGAUCUGAAAACACCGCAAGGCAUUUAUGAACAAAUGAAGUUUGAACCAAGAAAUAGACCCAGUCCUGUUACAUGUUCUACUAAAGAUACGUUUAUGACGGAACUUUUGAACAGAGUUGAUAAGAAAGCAGCUCAACAGACAGAAAGUGGAUCAAAUAAUGUUUCCUGCAGGAGUGUGUUAAAGGGCAGCUCCCAGGGCUCCUGUCUCACCAGCAGCUCUGCAAGCACUCAAGGAAACCACAAGAAAAACAUCAAAACCAAGGCCGAUGUGGAAAUACCGAAAGGCUCCCUGAUAAAAGAAGCAAGUGUGAGCCUGCAGGAGGAUGAAGAUACAGUUGCAGAUUCCACGUUUCAGAGCCACAUCAUAGAAUCCAACUGCCUGAUGAGGACGCUGGACAGUGGGAUUGGAACCUUCCCACUCCCAGACUCGGGAAAUCGCUCCACAGGGCGGUAUCUGUGCCACCCAGACUUCCCAGAGGACACCGAGCCCACCCUGUCUCUCCAGCCGGCACUCUGUGCUGCUUCUUCCAUCAGAGCUCAAACCCUUGAAAGAGAAGUGCCUUCCUCUGCAGACAGCCAGCCCUCUGCAGAUAAUGCCAUUGUUCAUUCCACAUCCGACCCCAUCAUGACCACCAGGGCCAUACGGCCUCUUGAGAGUCGCCUCCCCAAACCAGCUUCCUCAGGAAAAAUCAAUUCCCAAAAGCAGAAUGAAGCAGAGCCAAGGCCUCAGACCUGCUCGUCAUUUGAAUAUACCGAAAACACCAUUACAAGCGAGCAGCUUCCAGACUGGGGGGGUGAAGGCCCCACAGCUGAGACCCAGGACAAGGUACCCAGAAUGUGUGCGUACUCUGCCAGUGCUGGCAGUGCUAGUGACAGUGACCUGGACUAUGGAGAUAAUGGUUUUGGAGCUGGAAGGGCCAAGUUAGUGAAAGCAAUGAAGAGCGCCACCCAAGGCCUUUGUUAUAAUCGACUGAGGAAACGAAGCAACAAGCAUGAAACAUGUGGAAAACGUGGCGCACUAUUUAUGUCCGACACAGUAGGUCUUUCAGUGAAAUUGAAACAAGUUGAAGAAACAAAAGAAGAUCCUGAGAAUAGAUUAUCUAAAAUUUCCCUGGAGUCAUUCAAUAAAUAUAACAGCAAAACUAUGAUUUUGUUAGAAAGAGAGAAGAACUCUCUGAACAAGGUUGAAGGACAAAAGGAAGAAAAAGAAAAAAAUGAAGAAGCAUCUUUGAGUAGCUCAGAUAGGCCUGGGGUAGACAAUUUGGAAUCACUGAGUGAUUCUUUGUAUGAUAGCUUCUCUUCCUGUGCAAGUCAGGGUUCGAAUGAUGUAUAAAGGACCUUUUUUAAUUUUUUAUUUUUCUUAGUGAGCGGAAAAUGGAGCACUUAAGCAACAAGGGGGUGUGGGGAGGGGAAUAGAGACAGCAGCAAUAAAGCCUGGCACCACCAGAGACUGCAUUGUCACAUUCACAGCAAGCAGCCCAUGGGAGCUUCCUUCUCUGACAGGGCAAUAAAGAUAGGCUCCAUUUGUUGUGUGUCACGAGGACGAAAUGGAAACACACCCACAAUACAGAAGUCUUAAUUUUGCACUUUUUUUAAAUACUUGUACAGAAGUUGUAAAUUUUUGGAAAAGAAAUUAUAUUUGUAGCCAAAAAAAAAAAAAAAGGCAGCAAUAAAUUGAAUCCGUGCCAUGCUCUUGAAAUGACGUACUAAGUGUUAGAAGUUGA